AAGGUUGGGGUCUCCAAGCUGGAGACCAUCGAUACUGGCCUCUAUGACCCUGAUGCUGGACUCAGUGAUGAAGAGAGAGCAAGAAUAGCUCUCGUCCGAAAACUCGACUUCAAACUCAUCCCAUGGGUCAGUAUCGCCGCUCCUCGCAAACGUCAUCCGUGGCUCAUCCGAACAACANNGCUCUCCUUCCUAUACCUCAUCUCCUUCCUCGAUCGAACAAACAUCGGAAAUGCCAAAGUAGAUGGUCUGGCCAAGGACCUGCACCUUACACCAGGCCAAUACAACGCAACACUUUCCAUCUUCUUCGUCUCCUACUCGGUCUUUGAGCCCUUGACAAACGUCCUGCUCAAGAAAUGGCGACCCUCCGUCUUUCUUCCCGUCAUCAUGACACUUUGGGGAAUUGUGAUGGUUACGAUGGGCCUUUGUCAUAAUUUCAGUGGCCUCGCAGCCGCACGCUGGUGGCUAGGCUUCGCUGAAGCAGGUUUGUUCCCUGGACGUAAGGAACUCGGUAUUAGAGCAGCAAUCUUCUUCUCCGCAGCAGCUUUGGCUGGUAGUUUUGGUGGUCUCCUGGCAGCAGGUAUCGCUCAGAUGAAGGGUGUUGGUGGCAAGCCUGGCUGGGUAAGAUACGCGGACUCUACAUACUCUCAAGUAAUACUAAUUCUUCAAACANNGGCUUGGAUUUUCAUCCUUGAAGGCUUGGUUACUGUGGUUGUUGGAAUUGUUUCGUACUGGAUGGUCCAUGACUUCCCUGACGAGGCUACGUUCUUGUCUGUCGACGAUCGUGCCAGAGUCAUCAGAAGACUCAAGGAAGACCAGCAAGCAAGUGCCGAGCACGAGAGUGUCACUGACUGGAAGACAUGGUGCUUCGCGGUCAUUUAUAUGGGAGCCGAUGGCGCGCUCUACGCCUUCUCACUGUUCUUGCCCACCAUCAUUAAUGCACUUGGAUACAGCGGCACCACAGCAAACCUGCUAUCCGUCCCUCCAUAUGCUUGUGCUGCCGUCUUCACAGUCUUCAUUGGCUGGCUGGCCGACAGAACGCAGAAGAGAGGUCUCAUCAACGUCUGCGUCUCUCUUCUUGGCAUCACAGGCUUCUGCAUGCUCAUCGGAUCUCAAAACCCCAAUGUCAAAUACGCCGGCACCUUCCUCGGUGCUCUGGGCAUCUACCCUAACAGCGUCACAUGGUGUUCGAACAACGUCGAAGGCGCCUACAAGAGAGGUGUGACCAUCGGUAUCGUCAUCGGAUGGGGUAACCUUCAGGGCGUCGUGUCCUCAAACAUUUAUCGCGCCAAGGACAAGCCAAAAUACUACGUCGGUCAUGGAGUAGUAUUGGCGUACUUGUCGCUCUUCUUGUUCUGCGGAAGUUUGAUGACACACCUUUUGCUGAAAGCCGAGAACAAGAAGAGGCAAGCCGGCAAGCGCGACCACUGGAUCGAGGGCAAGGACGAAUCCGAGAUCAGAAUGCUGGGAGACAAGAGACCGGACUUCCUCUACGUCACC